AUGGACGAGAAGCUUAUCGCACCGGGCACUAUUGAAUACAAGGGUAUAACGUUACCCGAAAUCGUUAACACAAAGAUUCUAGAAUCACCAGAUAUCGUGAAAUGUCGCGACGAUGACGUGUUUGUUGUGAGCUAUCCGAAAGCAGGAACAACAUGGGCAAUUGAGAUUGUGUCUCUCAUAAUGAAUGGUGGCGAUGUUGAUGCAAACCACGCUGUACCACAACCAGAACGUAAUCCCAUGGUGGAGUCUUAUAUCUCUCGACCAAUGCAACUAUUUAUGCAUAUCAUGAAACUGUUACAGUGGAUUCUACCACGUUUCCUACACCUUGAAAACUAUGUAUUUGUACCCCCAAUCCAUGCAGUAUCUGCAUUCGAUGGACUGCGACAAAUAGAGCGAAUACCUUCACCAAGACUCAUCAAGUCACAUCUACCGUACCAAUUCUUUCCUUCACAAGCACUCGAAAAGAAAUGCAAGAUUAUCUAUGUUGCUCGUAACCCCAAAGACACAGCAGUAUCGCUAUACUAUAUGAUGCAACUUAUGCCUGUGGUUGGAAAUCACAUUAAGUCUUGGAACCAUUUUUAUCAGUUAUUUGUCAGUGGUAAAGGUAAGAAAAAUCAUAAUCCGUUUAACAUUAAAUGA